CGCCAGUAAACACUGGAGAAGAAAAAGCUGAUGCUCGUCUGAACCGCUUUAGCCCCUCGAUUUAUAAAAAUAAAAGCACAUUAUUGUGUCUGGCUCUGAGGAUUUAAACCCCUGAGCUGUGUGGGGACAUGAAAACCGAGAUAUCCACAGAUGGAGGGACGUCAGAAGUCCGUGUGAAGAAAGAGGAGACACUGGAGCUGAAAAUCUACAACCAUGGAAAUGACCUCGACAAUCCACCUGAAGGUCUCUCUGUUAAAGUGGAAGAUCCUGACAAUAAAGACCAUCUCUACUGCGAAGUUUGCAAAUCCUUCUUCCUCAACAAAUGUGAGAUUCAUGGACUGCCCCUCUUCAUCCCAGAUACUCUUGUUCCCAUGGGAGUCCCUGACCGAGCCAGACAAACUCUUCCUCCUGGGCUAGAAAUCCAGAAGUCUAGUAUCCCUGAUGCAGGCCUGGGAGUGUUUAAUAAGGGAGGUACUGUUCCAGUAGGUGCACACUUCGGACCCUUCCAGGGAGAGUUGGUAAACGGAGAGGAAGCCGGGAACAGUGGAGACUCCUUGGUUGUAUACAGGAGCAUGCAGUGUGAACAAUACAUUGAUGCCAAAAGAGAGAUGCAUGUGAAUUGGAUGAGGUAUGUGAAUUGUGCCCGUAAUGAAGAAGAACAGAAUCUUGUGGCAUUUCGGUAUCGAGGGGGAAUUCUGUAUCGUUGCUGUCGACCCAUUAACCCAGGACAUGAGCUCUUGGUGUGGUAUGAAGAGGAGUACACCAAAGAACUCAGUCCUGCACCUACAGGAACAACCAGCCAGCAAGAAGUAAAGAACACUGAAGAAAAGAACGCACUGCUGCAAGUCUUUUCCUGCUCCACAUGUCCUCGUUCCUAUACAUCUCAAAUUUACCUCGACAAACACAUCCAGAGAUGCCACUAUAAAGAGCAUGUGGGCCUACGGGAAUCAGGAGAGAUUAAAUAUGAGCUUCAGAUCCCCUCCAGAUGUCAGCCAACAUCAACUAAUACUCUCAGUUCUGACACUUCUCCUAAUGGCAUACAGAAGGAAAUUCACCACUGCUCAGAGUGUGGAAAGAGUUUUGGUUAUCAGGAUGCAUUCAAGACGCACCAGUGCAUUCACACAGAAGGAAAGCCACAUCACUGCUCACAGUGUGGUAAGAGUUUUACUGGACAGAGUGCUCUCCAAAGACACCAGCGCAUUCACACAGGAGGAAAGCCACAUCACUGCUCACAGUGUGGGAAGAGUUUUACUGGACAGAGUGAUCUCCAACGACACCAACGCAUUCACACAGGAGAGAAGCCGUAUCACUGCACACAGUGUGGGAAGAGUUUUACUGGACAGAGUGAUCUCCAACGACACCAACGCAUUCACACAGGAGAGAAGCCGUAUCACUGCACACAGUGUGGGAAGAGUUUUACUGGACAGAGUGAUCUCCAACGACACCAGCGCAUUCACACAGGAGAGAAACCAUAUCACUGCUUACAGUGUGGGAAGAGUUUUACUCAGAAGAGUGCUCUCCAACAACACCAGCGCAUUCACACAGGAGCGAAGCCGUAUCACUGCUCACAGUGUGGGAAGAGUUUUACUCGGCAAGGUCAUCUCCAACAACACCAGCACAUUCACACAGGAGAGAAGCCGUAUAACUGCUCACGGUGUGGGAAGAGUUUUAGUGAACGGAGUGCUCUCCGACGACACCAGCGCAUUCACACAGGAGAGAAGCCGUAUCACUGCUCACAGUGUGGGAAGAGUUUUACUCGGCAGAGUUAUCUCGAACAACACCAGCGCAUUCACACAGGAGAGAAGCCGUAUCACUGCUCACAGUGUGGGAAUGGUUUUACUUAUCGAAGUGCUCUCCAACAACACCAGCGCAUUCACACAGGAGAGAAGCCGUAUCACUGCUCACAGUGUGGGAAGAGUUUUACUCGGCAGAGUUAUCUCCAACAACACCAGCUCAUUCAUACAGGAGAGAAGCCAUAUCACUGCUCACAGUGUGGGAAGAGUUUUACUUAUCGAAGUACUCUCCAAGAACACCAGCGCAUUCAUACAGGAGAGAAGCCGUAUCACUGCUCACAGUGUGGGAAGAGUUUUACUCGGCAGAGUUUUCUCCAACAACACCAGCUCAUUCACACAGGAGAGAAACCGUAUCACUGCUCACAGUGUGGGAAGGGUUUUACUUAUCGAAGUGCUCUCCAAAUACACCAGCGUGUUCACACAGGAGAGAAGCCAUAUCACUGCUCACAGUGUGGGAAGAGUUUUACUUAUCGAAGUGCUCUCCAAAUACACCAGCGUGUUCACACAGGAGAGAAGCCAUAUCACUGUACGCAGUGUGAAAAGAGUUUUACUCAGCAUAGUGAUCUUCAACAACACCAGCGCGUUCACACAGGAGAGAAGCCAUUUAACUGCUCACAGUGUGGGAAGAGUUUUACUCAGCGGAGUUAUCUCCAACGACACCAGCGCAUUCACACAGGAGAGAAGCCGUAUCACUGCUCACAGUGUGGGAAGAGUUUUACUCAGCGGAGUCAUCUCCAACAACACCAGCGCAUUCACACAGGAGAGAAGCCGUAUCACUGCUCACAGUGUGGGAAGACUUUUCCUGAACGGAGCACUCUCCGACGACACCAGCGCAUUCACACAGGAGAGAAGCCGUAUAACUGCUCACAGUGUGGGAAGAGUUUUACUCGUCAGAGUACUCUCCAACAACACCAGCGCAUUCAUACAGGAGAGAAGCUGCAUCACUGAUCGUGUGGAAAGAUGUUUACUUAUUCAGUUACAUUUAAGACCUACAAGUACACUAACUCAGAGACAUUGCAUGAUUUAAAGUAGUCACAUUAAAUAUGGUUAUUAUGAUUGUUUUGGCUGAAAAUGACCUGUAAUUUGAAAUUUAUUGUUCAUGUUACAUGACUGUUUUAAAAUAUGUACCUUUGGGGGCGUCGUGGCUCAGGUGGUUAAGGCGCCAUACCAUGAAUGCGGGCGACCCGAGUUCGAUUCCGGCCCGAGGUCAUUUCCCGAUCCCUUCCCUUCCCGUCUCUCUCUCUCCCGCUCAUUUCCUGUCUCUACACUGUCCUAUCCAAUAAAAGGUGCAAAAAAAAGCCCAAAAAAAAUAUCUUUAAAAUAUGUACCUUUAUAGUGAUGUUUAAAACAAGAUUAUUAAUGUUUUCUUUUGACCUUAAGUAAUCAUUAAUUACCACUAUACAAGUAACGAUUAAACUGCAAUUCUUAUCAGUGUAGUACUGCAACAUGAGACUAAUUGUUAAUGGAAUUAUUACUGAUCAGGAGUUUUAACAUUACUAUGUUUAACAGAAAUGUGGAUCAAACCAAAUGACUAUGGAGCAGUGAACUGAUGCUCGUCCAGCUAUAUGCAUCCGCCUCGUCUCACUGGUAGAAGAGAAGACAUUGGUUAUUUAUAAUCAUAAUCUAGGAGUCGUACAAAAACCUUAACAAAAAUUCAGUCUGUUUGAAGUUCUUUGUCCUAACAUAUGUAGCCAAAAAAAGUCUAUGCAGUUGAUUCAGCUCAUUAUUAUUUAUAGACCCGUGGUCUAUAUUCUGAAGUUCUUUCUGAAUUUGCGGAUUUCUUUCGACAACUAAUUAAUUGUUCGACAUUAUUUGUUUUGAUCACCUGGAAGACUCUGAGAACAGCAUUCGUGUCCAUUCUAGAUUCAGUUGGGGUUAAUCAGGAUGUCAUAGGACCUAACCCUAUUUUUGUUCAGGUUUUUGUAUGAUUCCUAGUGGUCACACUCUCAAUCUAAUACUUGUAUUUAUAUUAAACAUAAGAAAGAUCGUCACUUCCACAGUCUGAAGCUCCCUCAGAUCAUUAUCUCCUCUCUUUUGAAAUGUCUUAGCAAUACUAUGUGUACCUUGCACACCAUCGUGUCAAAAGAAUAUUCACGUCAACGACUGCAUAAAGUUUUAUCAGUAGUCUUCCAAGUUAUCAACUUUGAUUGGCUCAUAGUCAGACCCCACAGAACUUGAUCAGCUAACUGAAUGCUGAGAGUCAACAUUGUCCUUUACUUUAGAUAGUGUAGCUCAACUUAAAAGAAAAUAAUUCAGGAGGAAAAAAAACCUAGCACCCUGGUAUAACAAUCACACAUGCGCCUUAAAACAUAAAAUUAGAAAAUGGCAUCAAACAAAAUUGAUAGUAUUCCAAUUUGCGUGGAAGGAGAGCCUCUGGAACUACAUGGACAAGCUUUUAAUGCUGCUUGAUCAACAAUUUUCUCCACCCUAAUAGAUGAUAAAAAUAAUCUUAAAUUAUGGAAUACCACAGAAACAUACCUUCAAUAUGUAGUGUUGAUGACUUGAAGUUUUUUCGAUGGCAAAAUUGAAAAUAUCAGGCAAAAAUAUCAAACUAUUAAUUUAAAACUAGACAAUUUUAUAAGUCCCCCUGGAGAGAACAGUAUAACUACAUCACAGCAACAAUUUGUUUUACACCCCUUAGAGAGACUGAACUAAUUUCACUUAUUUCCUCAUCAAAAUCUUCAAGCUAACAGAUAGCACUAGAAGCAAUCAAACCUCUUUGAAAAAUAAUCACUUAUUCUUUUAGCAAUGGCUGUGUACCUAAAUCCUUUAACCUAGCAGUUGUCAGACCCUUGAUUAAAGAACCUAACCUCAACCCUUGUCAGCUGUCUCAGUAUAGGCCAAUAUCAAACCUCCCAUUUAUCUCCAAGAUCCUCGAAAAAACUGUGGCAUAACAGUUAUGCUCAUAUCUACAUGGAAGUAACAUCCCUGAAAGGUAUCAAUCAGGAUUUAGACCUCGUCAUAGCACAGCGACAGCACUGGUUAAAGUAGUAAAUGACCGACUACUGGCUCCUGAUCAGGGUUGUCUCCCCUUGCUUGUGCUGCUUGACCUUAGUGCAGCUUUUGAUACCACUGAUCAUACUAUUCUCCUUGAUGGACUACUAGAAAAUGUCAUUGGUGUUAAAGGAAUGGUCCUCUGGUGUUUCAGGUCUUAUUUAACUGAUCAUUGUCAGUUUCUAUAUGAAAAUGGUGACUAGCAUGCAUACAGAAAAGUUUGUUGUUCCACAAGGUGCUGUCUUUGGCCCAUUGCUUUUUUUCUUAAAAUAUGCUACCUCUGGGUAAUAUUAUUUGUAAGCAUGGUAUUACUUUCCACUGUUAUGCUGGGGGCACAGUUGUAUGUUUCAGCAAACCCAGAUGAGACACCAGCUUAAUAAAAUUAAGGAAUGUGUAAAGGA